GUGAAAUUUAUUUUAAUUCAACGCGUGCACUUACAAAAAAAUAGACUUUAAACUAUUGUUUUAAAACACACGCAAUUUUUUCAGUAUGUUACAUAUAUAAUUACAUUGCCGUGAUAUUUUUUUGCUAGUGAACGUAAGGUUUUCUCGGUGUUGUAACUACUCUAAACAAAAAAAUUGUAAACGAAGGAGAUAUGGAUAAAGGUGGUAAAGUUGAUGAAUCUUCUGGUUGUGAUGACAAAGGAGUUGACAAAAAGUCUACUUGGAGGAGAAUUACAAUAGCAAAAAUUGGAAUCGUCGUUUUGUUUAUUGCAAUUUGCGCUGGUUUCUCGUAUAAAAAUAACGUGUGCAAAACUUGGUCCGAUUAUACUAUCAAACAUGUCAGCGAUUCGUGCAAGUAUAAUCCAGAUGUCAAUGCAAACAUGAUUAGUAUUGUGCAAAGAUACAACUACAAGAUCCAAACUCAUUACGUUCUUACCGAAGACGACUACAUCUUGACCGUCUUCAGAAUAGCCAAUAGCUCGAGUUCAUUCAAUUCUAAUAGGCAACCGAUCUUUCUGCAGCACGGCACUAUCUGCUCUUCUGAAAUCUGGUUGCAACGUGGCGAAGAUUCUAUAGGUUUUCAUCUGGCGAAUGCUGGUUUCGAUGUGUGGCUUGGUAAUACUAGAGGCAACUACAAUUCUCCUGGUCAAAGUUCUACACUACUCAAGAUCGAAGUUUUGGGACCACUCGUUCGAUGAAUUGGUUCUGGACAUUCCAGCAGUAGUUUCGUAUAUUGGUAAUAAGACAGGAAGGACUGGAGAUCUCUUGUAUGUGGGUCACUCAAUCGGAAGUACUCAGGUGUUGGCUUAUGCUUCUGAAAGACCUGAUCAAGCCAAAAAGAACUUGAAGGCUAUGAUCCUUUUUGCCCCGGCUGUAUAUCUAGAUAAGCAAGGUUUUCUCGUCAACUUGGUGAUUUCAGCGUUUUCUACUCAAUAUACCAUUACCAUUCGAUAGCCUGGAUCUGCGAACUCCUUUAAUUGCGAAGAUCUGCUCUUUCAAUUUAAUAAUCAUAAACCUGUGUAGAUAUGUUUUUAAUUUGAACUUUGGAGAUGAGAACAAUUUAUACGAUCCAGUAUUUUAAAAACUUUUUUUUGAAAAUUACUAUUUGUUUAAUGUCAUUUUUAGCGUUGUUUCCGAUUAUGCUAGCUCAUUACCAGAUAGAGAAUCGCUGAAGCCCUUUGUGCAGUACAUCCAGUUUGCAGAUACGGCGGAAUUCAAGAAAUUUGAUUACGGAAGUGAAGGUAAUUUGAAAAAGUACGGAACCGAGAAACCGCCCAAAUACGAUUUGGGUAAAAUUUCCGUUCCAGUAUACACGUUCAUAGGAACCUCAGAUGAUUUAACACCAUUUAGUAAUGCGGAGACAUUCCACAAG